UCUAACAUGUUUCCUCUUGAUCAUAUUAGGUGUUUCCCUUGCUUAUUGAGAAUUACUCUCUUCAAGAGCAAGCCUCUUUGGUGUGGCAGUUCUUGAGUGACAUGCCCACAUAUGUGCUAGCUAAGUUACUUUCAUGGCUACCUUCUUCUCUUUCAACUGAUGAAUAUCAACAUCUUCAAAACUCCUUAGUCAGAAUAGUCCCAGAGGAAAAGCUUCUUCAACAGGCCAUUUUCAAUUGGAUUAAAAGGAAAGAUUCUCACGACACCAUGUUGAAUAAUACUCCAAUGGAGGAAUCAAACUGUGAAAGUGAAACUUGUUCACAUCCAAUAGAUGAUUUAUUGCUCUGGCAUAAGGCAAUCAAAAGAGAGUUGAAUGAGACACUGGAGAAGAUCAAGAUGAUGUAUAUUUCUGGUGAUUUCGCUAGUCGAUCAGCUUUCGAUGAAAGACUCAAGUUUAUAGCUGAAAUUUGCAUCUUUCACAGCAUUGCUAAAGACAAGGUCAUAUUUCCAGAAAUAUAUGGUGAAACUUCAAUUUUCCAUCAGCAUGGUGAAGUAAAGAGCAAAUUCAAUGAAUUUUGGCAUUUGAUUGGAAGUGGAGGAGCAUUCUCUUCUACUUCAGCUGAGUUUCUUUCAAACAUAUGCUCUUGUGCUGAUCAAAUAGUAGAAACCAUAAACAACCACUUCUUUAUUGAGGAAGUCCAGGUUCUUCCACUUGCUAGAAUGAACUUAAAUGUCAAAAGGCAACAAGAAAUUUUGUAUCAAAGCUUGUGUAUGAUGCCCUUGAGAUUGAUUGAGCAAGUCUUGCCAUGGCUGAUUGGAGCAAUGACUGAUGAAGAAGCUCAUAUUUUUCUCAACAAUAUACAAUUGGCAGCACCAGCAUCAGAUGCUGGUCUCAUAAAACUCUUUUCUAGUUGGAGCUGCAAGGUGGGCAACCAGAGUUUAUGCUCAUUUUCAAGAGCAACCGGUAGCUAUCCUACAGAGAGACCCUUCGAUGUUAAUGGAGAAUUUUUUCAACCAUUCUCACCAUUUCAUAUUGCUUUGCCUGCUGGAGUUGUCUCCUCGGUUUCAUCCAAAGUUGGCGAUUCUUCAAGUCCUUCAAAGAUUUUGGCAGAUGGAUGUGAAGAACAACCAAUAGACAUUCUAUUUAAAGUGCAUAAAGCCAUACGCCGAGACUUGGAAUAUUUAAGCAUUGAAUCUGCCAGAGUUAGUGAUAGUCAUGAUGAGACUUUUCUGCAUCAGUUCAUUGGGAGAUUUUCCCUAUUUUGGGGUUUGUAUAGAGCUCAUGCUAAUUCUAAGGAUAAUAUAGUAUACCCUGCAUUAGAAUCCAGAGAGGGGCUUUAUAAUGUGGCUCACUCAUACAAGCUAGAACAUAAGCUGGAGGAAAGAAAGUUUGAGCAUAUUUCAUCUCUUCUUUCUGAGCUUUCACAAAUUCAUAUAAGCUUGAAGAGUGUUCAUGGUGAAAAGGAAUCGAGUCUAAGUACCUUUGGAGUUACUACUAACUAUGACAUUGAAUGCAUCAGACAAUACUAUGAGCUAUCUGCUAAGCUUGAACACAUGUGCAAGUCAAUAAGAAUGAUGAUAGAUCAACAUAUGUCAAGGGAAGAACUUGAGAUGUGGCCAUUGUUUAGAAUUCAGUUUUCUAUGGAAGAGCAGCACAAAAUUAUUGGCUUCAUAUUAGGGUCAACUGGUGGUGAAAUGCUUCAGUUAAUGUUGCCAUGGGUACUUUCUGCUCUUUCAAAGGAUGAACACAAUAAAAUGAUGGCAACACUGAAGCAUGUAACAAGAAAUACAAUGUUCAGUGAAUGGCUUGAUGAAUGCUGGCAAGGAACUUCAAUAAGAAUGUUCCCAAAUGUAUCACCCAAAGGUGAAUUUCAAAGAAGCAUGGGGUUCAGUAUGUUGAAUCCUCAUAAGAAUGACACUAGAAAGGUUUAUCUGGACCCGAAUUCUGAACAUGGGACAAAGAAAUACCUACAGAACGGUAUGAUCAGUUACUGGAUGGGUGCCCAGCAAAGACUUCCUCAAUCAUUGAGUUACAAAGAUUUCACAAGUGAAAACUUAAAAGGGAGAUUCCCAUCAUUUCGAGAUCCUGAGAAUAAGGUAUUUGGUUGUGAGCACUACAAAAGAAACUGCAAAAUUCGGGCUUCUUGUUGUGACAAGCUGGUUACCUGUAACUUUUGCCAUGGCAGCAUGAGUGACCAUGCAAUGGGCAGGAAAGAAACAUCAGAAAUGAUGUGUAUGAGAUGCCUGGUCAUUCAGCCGAUCGGGCCAAUAUGCAAGACACCUUCAUGCAAUGGAUUUUCAAUGGCGGAGUACUAUUGCAGCAUAUGCAAACUUUUUGAUGAUGAAAGGAAAAUUUAUCAUUGUCCAUUCUGCAAUCUAUGCCGGGUCGGGAGAGAACUCGGUGUUGACUAUUUUCAUUGUAUGUCUUGCAACUGCUGCCUUUCCAUAAGAUUAGUGAAUCAUGAGUGCAAGGAGAAGUGCCUAGAGACAAGCUGCCCGAUCUGCGACAAGCUCUUAUUCACAUCAACUACACCAGUCAGAGGUCUACCUUGCGGCCAUUAUAUCCAUUCAGCUUGCUUUGAGGCAUGCAAUUCAAGUCCCUUUUCAUGCUUAAUCUGCAGCCAAUCUUCAGCAAAUACAACAAUGAAGGCACUAGCAGAAUCAAAAGUUAAGGUGGGUGGAGAUGGUUCUUCUGAUUGGAAUAUGAAGCCAUUCGGUCAUGGCGAAAAAGGGCAUAUGGAAACCUCAUCGUGGACUGAGGCAAAUUUGCAGAAGGAUUGUGGAGUAGCAAGGCUUUGGACAAACAGGUUAUAUCCUCUUUUGCUAUGGUUUGUAACACCAUUUUUCAAUAAGGGAAAAGUUCAAAGGAUUGGAAAAGAUUUACAGAUUGCGGUUGAAGGGAACAAAGCAAAGGACAGAUUCUUUCUAUGCUUUGUUCUAGUCUGCUCUUUGGUGGUGUUCUGUGUCAUGAGCAGCCUUGUAGUUUUGCUUUGUCUUCAGAUUGUGGGACAAGACAAGUACGUUUUCGCAUGGUAGUUUAAUGUUCUGUUUGUAUCCCAAGAAACUAAACAUUUUAUGGUAUUCCUGUUUGUUUUUCCAAUAAAAGCUAUGAAGAGAAGAGAAUAAAUGUUUGAGAACUGC